UAGUUUCGUUGUUGGCGCUAGUAGUUUCGUUGUUCGCGCUCCUUGUUUUCGUACGUGUUCAGUGUAAAUCGCGCUUAAACGUUUCACGUACUUCAAUAUAAAUAAAGUAAAUUUAAAACUGAUAAUUACGAAUGGAAGAAAAACAAAUGGAAAUUAGUAAAAUAGUAUAUUUCUAAUGUGAAUACGACGUAAUAACUGACGAUGGGGAACCGUAAGAGGUCGAAUUCGUCGAAAAAAAAGAAAAAAAUACGGGAAGACGAAGAACGAGACGAAAUAAUAACACGUAAAAAAGUUCGACGUAGGAGUACAGUUGAUUUUGGAACGUCAACAUGGACAAUGUCCGAAAAAGCUCUCUUGUUGAGAGGCCUUAGACAAUUUGGAUUUUAUCAUUUGGAUAAAGUGGCCGAUUUCAUCAAGACAAAAGACGUAAAUGAAGUUCGUUUGCAUUUGGAAUACAGAAGAUCAUCUCUAUUAAAAAAGCAUAGUAAAGAUAAAAAGGAUAGUAAAUACAAUAAGAAAACAAUUAUUCAAUCCUGGUAUGAAGCUGCAAGUGGUGAAGUUCCCGCUAGAUUUAAGAGAGAUGAUUCAUCCAUGAUAUUUGCAGAGUUAUUUUCUAAUGCUGCUAAAAAUGAGCCACAUUUGAAACCAAGAACAGAUUCAGAGCCUGAUAUUGGUGCAAUAUAUCAGUAUUUUGCUGAUAUGUUGAAUGGUGUAUUCUCAGCAGAUUUAAGACCAACUGACAGUACAAUUGUUUUAUCUCUGUUACAUAGUCUUGGCAAUAUAAUUAAUAGAGGAAACUUUAGUUUGGAAAGAGCAAUGUAUUCAGGUUUUAAGGGUACAUAUGGAAAUAAAUCUCUUCUAUGUGAUGAUGAUGAUUAUGUUUUCAACAGAAAUGAUAGUUCAAGUGCAGCUAAAUCUAAUAAUAAUAAUGUAGUAAACUGUGAUAAUGAUUCAAAUGCAACCAGCACCAGAAGUGAAGCUGAUGACACCAAUAAGAGUGAUGAAAAUGGUUUAAAUAAACUCAAUGAAAAUGUAUCAAAUAUAACAAAUUAUGACAGUGAUUCAAAUAUAGUACAAAUGCAAAUUGAAUGUAAUCCAGACAAUGUUCCUAUUCUCAGAACUGAAACAAAUUCCAAUACAGAUUAUAAUGAGGAUGAUGAUGAUGAUGAUGCAGCAAAGUCUAAUAAUUCUCAAGAUGAGGAUUCCGAAAUGAAUAAAAAUACUCACUUUCUCUGGAAACAAUUCCAGUUGAAUGAUCCAUAUAACAAAAAUCUUGCCAAAAAAUUGAAGCGGACCGUUCAGAUGUUCAAUCCUCUUCAUGUACCACCAGUUUUGAUGCAAGCAGACCAUGAUAUUAUACAACAAUUUUGUUAAAUUUAUGUACAUGUUUUCUCAAAAUAUACAUAUCAAGCUUAAAAAUACUAAAAUGAAUGUUGUAAUAAAAAUGUUAUGGCAUAUUCUUUGUUCGUUUUUGCUGAAUAUUGUUGAAGAAAGCUCUUUUAAAGCUAUUUUUUAUUGGAAUUUAUAAUGUUUUCUUUUGUACAGGGUGUUUCAUAAUGUUUUUUGGAGUUACAACAAAUGAUUAAAGAGAAUCUCUCUGCACUGUUGUUUUCAACAUUUCCAGUUCUCUUGUUGCAGUUUUGGUUGAUUUUUUGGGGCUGCACAUAGAAGUUGUUUGCACUCAUUCCACAUCAUCUGAUGUUGAAGGUCAACCGGUUGCUUUUCCCAUGCACAUGCAUGUGGUUAUUAAAUUUUGCUCAAAAUGCAUGUUGCAUAUUAAUUAUGGACUUUGUCAUGUGAAAUUUUAACACACAAAAUGAAUUCUCUACUGGUGUAGCAGCCAUUUUUACUAAUACUAUUCCCACCUAGCAGCUGAGAUAGUAUAGUACUAAUAGGUUUUACUCUGUGGUCUACAUUAUAGUACAUUUUGCUUAGAAAAGCAUUCACAGGUUUUAAAAAGCUGAUACCAGAGGUCAUAAUUAUGAGUUAAAUUUGUGUGUUUUCAUUAGCAUUUACAUGAGUGAAUAAUAAUUGAAAAUUUGUAAAUUAAUUGUUAAUUUGUAAUAUGGUAUAUUUCCAUAUGCUUUUUUACAUGUCACAAUCCAGAAAAAGUAAUGAAGAUAAGAUUCUGUUUCAUUGGUUUCCUAAAAUUAACAAAACAAAAAAUGGGUCAUUGCUAUUUCAAGACUUGGUAAGUAAGAAAAUUAGGAAUUUAUGCUUCUAACACAAUAAAGUGUUAUAAAUUAAGACACUUGGCGG